UUCCCUCCUUCCUCUCCAUCCUUCUCAGUCUCUUCUCCUCUGUCUCUCUGCUCUCUUCAUUUCAUCCCUCCACCGGCCCAUAUCCUCUGAUUAGUCCUUGACUACACAGCACAGGAUGUCGAUAGUGAACAUUGUUGCCAGGGAGAUCCUGGACUCCAGGGGGAACCCCACAGUGGAAGUGGACCUGCACACUGACAAAGGUGUCUUCAGGGCAGCUGUGCCUAGCGGAGCGUCUACUGGCAUCUAUGAAGCCCUGGAGCUGAGAGAUGGAGACAAGAGCCGCUACAAGGGCAAAGGUGUGCUCAAGGCUGUUGGUCACAUCAAUGACACCAUUGGUCCUUCCCUCAUCCAGUCGGGGGUCAGUGUGGUGGAACAGGAGAAACUGGACAAGAUCAUGAUAGAGAUGGAUGGCACUGAGAACAAGUCUCAGUUUGGGGCCAAUGCUAUUCUGGGUGUGUCCUUGGCCAUAUGCAAAGCUGGUGCCGCAGAGAAAGGUGUCCCACUGUACCGUCACAUUGCUGACCUAGCAGGAAACACAGAGCUAGUGCUUCCAGUUCCUGCCUUUAACGUCAUCAACGGGGGCUCUCAUGCGGGCAACAAGCUGGCCAUGCAGGAGUUCAUGGUACUUCCUGUAGGGGCGGAGUCUUUCAGGGAUGCUGUGCGUGUGGGGGCGGAGCUGUACCAGACACUGCGGGAAGUGAUCAAGGAGAAGUAUGGCCAGGACGCCACCAACGUGGGGGACGAGGGGGGAUUCGCCCCAAACAUACUGGAGAACACUGAAGCCCUGGAUCUGAUCAAGACAGCCAUUGAGAAGGCAGGCUUCACAGACAAGGUGGUGAUCGGGAUGGACGUGGCAGCCUCUGAGUUCUACAAAGAGGGCAAGUACGACCUGGACUUCAAGUCUCCGCCCAACGCAGACCGCCACAUUAGCGCCCAGGAGCUCUGCGACAUGUACCAGGGCUUCGUCAAUGACUACCCAGUGGUGUCCAUUGAGGACCCGUUUGACCAGGAUGACUGGCCGGCCUGGUCCCAGAUGACAGCCUCCGUGGGGAUCCAGGUGGUGGGGGACGACCUGACCGUCACCAACCCCAAGAGGAUAGAGCGCGCCCUGGAGGAGAGGGCCUGCAACUGCCUGCUGCUCAAAGUCAACCAGAUCGGCUCUGUCACCGAAGCCAUCCAGGCGUGUAAGCUGGCUCAGGAGAAUGGCUGGGGGGUGAUGGUGAGCCACCGCUCAGGUGAGACAGAGGACACCUUCAUCGCUGAUCUGGUGGUGGGCCUCUGCACGGGACAGAUCAAGACUGGAGCUCCCUGUCGAUCAGAGCGGCUGGCCAAAUACAAUCAACUCAUGAGGAUUGAGGAUGAGUUAGGGGACCAGGCUCGCUUCGCAGGGCACAACUUCCGGAACCCCGCUGCCCUCUAAGGCUCCUCUGGGUUGACGGACACUGACACAGAAUCACAGACACACAUCACAUCACUGCAGGGCACAGACGGACUAACACAGAUGGACAGACACAUGUACACAGACAGAUAUACAUAAAUACAUACAAUGAAUCCAUCAGACAUCAGACAGACAGACAGACAGACAGACA